AUGUUCAGCACUCUUAAGAAGCUUAUCAGAGGCUCCAUGGGUCCAAUCCCAGCCCCAGUCAUGGCCCAUGUACCAGCCCAGCUCCAGCCCAGCUCCAGCCCAGCUCCAGCCCAAGCUCCACCUCCAUCUAGCAAACAGGCUCUUUCAUCAACUCCUCCAUCAGCUCCACUGCCUCAGCCAGCUAUGUUGGACCGAUGUAAUUUACAGGGAAAAAAGCCUCCAACUAAAGAAAAACAGCCCAAGGAAGUGGAAAAAGCUCCUGUACCAUCAGCUUCCCUGCCCUGUGUCCCUGCUCCCAGCCCAAAGCCAGAGGACAGGCCAGCUCACCCGGCCAAUGGACAGCCACAAGCUGAAUGGCAGGAAACACUACCCUGUCUGCCACAUCACACUGUAAUAAACAAAUACUCGGAUGCACAACUUCGAGAGAUAAUCAAACAGAUGCGGGAAAGAACAGACGUGUACAAGGGAAAACUCCUAGACCCAUAUGCAUCUUCACCAGAGCACAGUCCUCCAGUCACACCUGUUCUGAGAAAAAAAGAUUUCUUAAAAAGGCGAGAGAAGACGAGAAAGAGAAAAGAUGAGGAGGAAAGGAAAAGCAAACAGGAGGAGGCUGAGAAAGCUGAGGAAAAGAAGAAAGGAGAGACAGAAGAAAGGAAAGAGGAAAAGAAAAACGAGGAGAAAAAAGAGGGAGCUGCACCAGCCGAGCAGAAGGGUUCUACAUGUCCACAACUCAAAGGCAGCAUCAUGGACACUGUGUUGAAACCAAUUGAAGACAGUGUGGACAAGCUCCUGGGCAGAUCCCUGGAACCAUUCACAGAUCGUUGGUACAUCAUUUGGCUUAGCAUAGUCACUAUUGCCUUGAACUACAACCUUUGGUUCAUACCGGUUCGCAUGGCUUUCCCCUACCACACUCCUGGAACAGUUCCUCUGUGGGUCACCUUAGAUGUCCUAGCAGACCUGAUCUACAUCAUCGACAUGCUUGUUUUCCAGCCACGACUGCAGUUCUGCAUAGCUGGUGACAUCAUUUAUGAUAGAACUGUUAUUAAGAAGAACUACAGAGACUCAAGAAAAUUUCAGUAUGAUCUGAUAUCAGUCAUGCCCCUGGACUUGCUGUAUAUGCCAUUUGGAUUCCGGUCUCUCUUCAGGAUCAAUCGCAUCAUGAAAAUUGGAGCAUUUUAUGAAUUCAGUGAUCGACUUGAGGGCAUUAUGACUAAAGCUUAUAUCUGGAGGGUUAUUCGUACCAUUGGAUAUCUCCUGUUUGUCCUUCAUAUCAACUCUUGCCUUUUUUAUGUGGCCUCUGAAUACCAAGGCAUUGGCACAAACAAGUGGGUUUACAGCGGUGAAGGCAAUGCCUACCUGGGGUGUUUCGUCUACUCAGAGAAAUCCCUGUUGAUGAUCGCAGAACUCACCUUAUUUGGUCAAAUCUUUCAGAUGACCAACUAUUUUUUUGGGGGGCUAUUUUUGUCCAUGGUUCUUGGCCAGAUGAGAGACGUCAUUGGUGCUGCCACUGCUGGUGAAAUGUACUUCCGCACGUCUAUGGAUGCAUGUGUGGCUUACAUGGUGUCAAACCGUAUUCCAAAGUUGGUACAACAUAGAGUGCGUACAUGGUACAACUACACCUGGGCCUCCCAGGGUAUUCUGGACGAGUCAGAGCUACUGGAGCAGAUGCCUCAGGUGAUGAGGACAGCUAUUGCUGUAGACAUUAACCUUGCCACGUUUCAGAAGAUUGACCUGUUUAAGGGGUGCGAGAACCAGAUGCUGGUAGACAUGUUGUUGAGGCUGAAGUCUAUCGUGUAUCUGCCCGGAGACUUUGUCUGCAAGAAGGGUGACAUUGGUAAGGAGAUGUACAUCAUCAAAGCCGGGGAGGUGCAGGUCAUUGGUGGACCCGACAACAAGACUGUCUUUGUGACAUUGAAGGCAGGCUGUGUGUUUGGUGAGAUCAGUCUUCUACAGUCUUCAGCUAAUGGAGGCAACAGAAGAACAGCUAAUGUGGCAGCACAUGGAUUUGCCAACCUCUUUGUGCUGGAUAAGAAAGACCUCAAUGACAUACUGAUUCACUACCCAGAAUCCCAGAAGGUUCUGGCCAGAAAGGGAAGGACCCUGAUGAAGGCCAAAGACUCGGCUGCAGUCGGGACAGAAGAACAGAGGAAGAAAGGACUAGAGUUGUUUGGAGGCAAGCCUGCCACUCCUAAAAUGCUUCGCGCUUUUGGAAAAUUCAACAAAAAAGGAUUUUUGGAAAAACUCAAGUUACACUGCAGCAGCAGGAGAGGGUGUCCAUCCUCGUCCUUCCUGUGGUGUCUGAGACCUGCACAGGGGUAUGGCAGGUGCCCCCAAUAUACUUGUGGGCCGCUGGACAAGGCCUGCUGAACCAAACGGGCUCUUAACACGAGAGGUUUGCACUUAUGUUGUCCUCUUCUCCUACCUCUCAGCCUCCUGAAUCUUUCAAGCUUAAUCCACAGUGCAUGCGGAGGAUUUAGUUGUAAAGGAUGUUUGAAUAACCGUGUGCACUGAAAUGUCUUUCGGAAAUGAUUAUACAUAUAUAUUACUUAUUACGGAUAUAAUGCAUUCUUGCUCCAUGUUUCAUGAUGAACUUUGAGGGUGGGAACCUAACAAGGAUGCAUGUUGUAUUCUGUUCCUGCAUCAUGACUGUAGAUUCCUGGAUAAUACUUCCUCUGUUUUCAGUUCAAGUUGUU